AUGGCUCAUACAUCAUCUCAAGCUGGGAAACGAUUUCGUGAAGAAGACCUAAAUAAAAUUGAAGCUCUGGAAAACAAACAAUCCCAACUGAGAGUCUCUGUAUUGAGAAGCAAGAGAUACUCCAAAAACGAGAAAGAAGCCGUCAAUAUAAGUUCAAAAGAUAGAUUCGAUAGUGUUUGGAAUCAAGUCAACCAUGAGAAGACAAGGUUUGACGAGAAUCACGAGAAGGGUUGUGGAUUAAUCUCAAAGAAAUGUCAGGAUACGGGUGUUGCUAUGCAAGACUUCAUGAAAAUGUUUUCUCCAAUAUUGGAAAUCAUCAAGACUUUUGCCAGCCCUUAUGUUACCGUCGCAUUUGGCACUAUUUCUAUCCUUUUCGUUAUUGCUCAGAGUAAGCAUGAAUUAGAACAGCAAGUUAGGUCGACCAUAUCCGCGAUCAAAGAUCGUUUACCCGGUCUGCAAGUGUAUCAGCAUAUUUACACCGACAAGAAAGAACUUGAUGUCAAGCUGCAAGGACAAAUCGUCAUGGCUUAUCAAGAGUUUAUUGAGUAUUGCAUUUUGGCCACAAGAUACUAUAAAAAGUUACCAAUAAGUGAGUAAAACGCUGUAUCCUCGCAUUCUGUCAAAACACAAAAGUAAUUCCAUCAGAAAGGUGGCUUAAUGCCAUUGGAUCGCCAAGCUACCAGAAACAGGAAGACUCAGUAAAGAAGGUUAUCACAGAAAUACGGCUUUCGUGCGAGGAACUUCUGCACAACAGGGUUUUCGAAAUCAAAAGAAUCAAUGAAACAAUUCUUCUGGAAAAUAAAGACCAGACUCUAAAGUUGGAGGACCAAAACAUCAAAUUGAAUGAGAUGACUAAGCGCAUCAAAGGCAAGCCAAUACCUCAAAGGAUCUGUUAAAAAUCGCCCAACAAGCGUGAUGAAACACAGAACUACAGAAAGCAAAACAAGAUGGUCGAGUACGAACCUUUCAGAAUGCUCUAGAGCUCAGUUCCUUCUCCGCAGAAUCUCACCGCGACAAGUUUGAGAAGUACUGCGAAGAUCUGAAUUCAAACAGACAACUCAAUAUGCACUAUCUCCAGCACAUGCAGGGCGAAGAACUCCGAUCAUUCAAAGCAGGUUUCGAAUACCAAGCGUGGAAGGUUUCCGAAGAAGCCCAGAUCCUGCUUUUGUGGGGCUACAAUAACAAUAGCAUCCUGCAGGAAGUCGAAUGCUGGCUCUCCCCCAUAGCGACGUCUACAAUACAUGAGCUUAGCCAGAACGGGUGCUACUUGGCUUACGAUAUCGUGAUAGAUGGAAAGCGCGCCCAUGAAGUUCUCUCUUUAAUUCUUCUUCAACUUCUGAGAUUGAAGAGUGAUACUCUAAAUGAUGAAAACCAAUACUCAGAGUUGAGUGGAGACCUAGAAACAUACCGUCUUAUCGGCAGUGAUGGCAAACAUUCGAACGAGAACGACGAAGCGAAACUCGAUGUCCUGCAGAAGAUCGCAGCACGAAUCAUAGGUUUCUUUGAGCCUUCCGAAAUAGUUUACAUUUUCAUCGAUAGGGUGGACCGAUGUUCACGGAAUCCACCGAAUCAUCGAAAAGCGUUGUUGGAUGCGUUGGUCAAAAUGGUAGAAGCUGCAGAUUGUAAGCUGAAGGUUCUAACCGUGAUCAAUGGAUAUUAUUGGGAGUCGCGUUAUUAUUGCCUUGAAAAUAGGAGGGGUAAAAGUCUGAUAGACCUUGCAGAUUUCCUGCUUCAUAAACCUCCUCUCAUAAUCUUUUUAGGUAUAAUUAUAGAUAAUGAACUCUGAGCCGCAUAUGACCUUACGUUGAAUAUAGAGAUUGAUAGCAAUGAAAGCAAUGGUAUAACAGCUAAUUUCACGCACUCCUAACACCUCAUCAAUCUUAGGGUGGAUAAAUUAUAUUUCCUAUAGGGCUCUUA